AUGGCAAGCUCCUUCGAGAAGUCGGUCAAAGGGGCAACCAAGAUCAAGGCAGCCCCGCCCAAGUCAAAAUACAUUGAGCAUAUCUUAAUAGCGACACAUGCUGGAGAAUCAGGAGUGGCCGAGGUGUUCCGGGCGUUGCAGAACCGUCUGCGCGAUUCGACAUGGACUGUGGUAUUCAAGAGUCUGAUCACAGUACAUCUCAUGAUCAGAGAGGGGUCCCCGGACGUGACGUUGGCAUAUCUUGCGCGGUAUAGGAAUAUGCUAGCCAUAAGCAGUUUCUCCGACGUCCAAACCCAGGGCCGCAAUAUUCGGCAUUACACAAACUACCUGAGUGAGAGGGCAAGGGCAUUCAGAGAUACGAAGACCGACUUCGUCAGAGCGGCGGAGAACAGGUUGGAGAAGAUGACGGUGGAAAAGGGUUUGCUGAGAGAGACCGAGACUGUCCAGCAUCAGAUUACAGCUCUAUUGAAAUGCGAUGUCCUGGAUAACGAGCCCGAGAACGAAAUCACAAUUACAGUGUUUCGAAUGCUUGUACUAGACCUUCUGGCGAUGUUUCGUGUGAUGAACUUGGCUGUGAUUAACAUUUUGGGCCACUUCUUCGAGAUGUCGCGCCCAGAUGCCGAAAGAGCACUGGAGAUUUAUAAGAAUUUCACAAGACAGACCGAGUUCGUGGUCCAAUAUCUCGUCACUGCGCGACAGUAUGAACACCAGACUCGGCUCGAAGUGCCAAAAUUGAAACAUGCCCCAGUCCAUCUUGCCAAGCAGCUCGGGGAAUAUCUGUUGGAGCCGGACUUUGAGGUCAACAGGAGACAGUAUAUUGCAGAAUUGGAGUCGAAGAGAAACAGGACGAAUGGUGCAAGUAGCAAAUCCAUUGCAGCAGCAACGAAGAGCGCUUCGGAAGCUCGAUCUGGGGCUGGCAAGGCGUUCCCUGAUGCACCGCCAACAACUAUGAAGCCAGCUGCUCAACCUGGGAAAGGGCCUGAUCUAGAUUUGAUCGAUUUUUUCGAGUCGAUUGAGCAACACCAGCAGCCUCUGGCAAUUCAAUCUGGAAUGCAACAAGGUCCCCCCCAGUUCGAUAACGGGGUACCUUUUCAGAUGCAAUCGCCGCAACCUCAGCAAACUCUAGACAAUGGCUUCGUCCAGCAACAGACUGGAUUUCAGGGAGGUCCCAACCCAUUCCAUCAACAGCCUCAGCAGGUCCAGCCACCCUUCAGUAUUGGAUUUCCUGCGCAGCCCGGCCCUGUUCAGACAAACUUUACAGGCUCUGGCUUUGGAGGCUUCUCUCCCCAGCCAUCCUCCUUCCAACCCGGGAACCUAUCGUCGAUCCCACAGGACUCGCCUGCAUCUUUCCAACAACAAGUACCGCAACAGCAAAUGCCCAUGGCCAACCUGCAAACCGGAGCUCAGCAGACUACGAAUCCUUUCCGUCAGUCAAUGAUGACGGCGAACACGACGGGCAUACCUGGGUCUUCGUAUCCUGCCCCAACCCCUAAUACGUUACCUGUAGUUCCCCAGUCUACGAAUCCCUUCGCCAAGUCGAUAUCGUCAGCACCGCAGGCUUUUACGCCCCCACCUGACCACCAAUUCCAGCAGCAGAUACUGCAACAGCAAACUGCGGCUCCUUUCAGGUCCAUGGCAACAGGCACCAAUCCUUUCGCCAAAAACUUGGCAUUGAACAAUACCAGCCAGCGGCCGCACACGAGUAGCGGGUUGGCCCCUCAGCCAACCGGGAGUACAAAUCCAUUCAGACAGAGUCAGUUCGUGAACACGGCUACAGGGUCGGGAUGGCAGCAUCAUCAGAAGCCAAUUGGGGGAGGACUCGACAGUCUCGAAACUGUCCCGGUAUUUCCACGACCGGCGCAGCAGCCGGCGUGGCAGUAG